AGCACCUAGGUUGGCCCAUCCCACUUUGUUCCACACCCGCAAGUCGAAGCCGCCCCCCCUGUUCAGUUCUGAGAGUGUGUAGUCGUGCAGUUGUCUCUCGCUCGCCCGGGCCCUUGGCUCGAUUUCAUCAGCGUCCAUCGCUGUCCCACACCCGCCUUAUCUCUCGAUGUGGGCAGCGCACCCCGGUCCUCUGCUACGUAGCUCGGGUUUCUAUUUCUUUUCCCAUUCCCACUUCUCGUUGCGCCGAGCAUAGCGCUUCUCUUCCCUUGCUCAUGUGUCCAUACCCCUCUGCCUUUCCAGCUCUGAUCCCUCUUCCGACUUGACAGUUACACUCUCGGAGAGGCGCCUAACUGCUGUGUACGUCCAACACGAUCCUACAGGAAUGGAAUCGUGGCAGUGUCGCUCUGUACAUCUCGCCGCGCUCGCCCCCAACGACACAGUCCAAGUCAGGAUAUAGCGCCGACACUCGACGAUACAGCUCUCCCAAAGACACAGAUACUCGAUCCGAAACUUCGCAGCCUUUUGUCUGUCACUUAUCAAGCUCAAAAAGGGUUCGGAACCUACUUGCGACAGUUGUGCUGUGUUCUGUCCCAAGCACGCUGCACUACACGACACUCGAACUCGAUACAGCGCACGAGCAGCAAUAACAACACCAAAAUAGUCAAAAAAUGUCGGCACCAAAAGACGACAUCAUAGUCACCCGGGUGGACCAGGACGUCCACGGGAAACCCAUAAACGAGGCAACAGAGACCACAUCGCUGCUGAGCGCAGGCGCUCGCGACGGCGAAAGCUCCUGCGAAGAUACAUGGCCGGGUUAUGCGGACUUCGAACACUUGCCGUGGUGGAGGACUCCCUCUGUCUUCUGGCUUCUCAUCCCGUAUGCUCUCUUCACGCUGGCCUUUGGAGGCUCUCUGGUGCCCAAGCUGAAUCUAAUCGUCGAUCUGGUAUGCCAAAGGCAUUUUGCCGAUGAGACAGCGCUGGACCCGGCCUUCGUUUUCACUCCCGUGAUACUCGGCGCGGAUAACCCGCAAUGCCUCAUCCCCGAGGUUAAGAAGCGUGUGUCCAUGUUCACCCUGGCCAUCAACCUGUUGACCGGCAUUCUGUCCGCAAUCACCGCGCCCAAGUUGGGCCAACUCUCGGACCGUUAUGGCCGUCGGAAACUCCUGGCUCUGGCGUCCUGCGGCGGCGUCGUGGCCGAGCUCAUCGUCAUCAUGUGUGCAAACUUCCCCUGGACGUUCCACUACAACUGGCUGCUUCUCGGCGCCGUAGCCGACGGCCUCACUGGAUCCUUCACGGCUGGUAGCGUUCUCAUCAACUCGUACACCAGCGACUGCACCGCGCCGUCUCAGCGUGGUGUGCGCAUCGGAUAUCUUCACGCCUGCCUCUUCAGCGGCCUUGCCUUUGGCCCCCUUCUGACAGGUUACUUCGCCGCCUGGACCGGCAACUUACUCUCCGUUUUCUAUGUCACCAUGGGAUGCCACAUCUACUUCAUCAUCUUUGUCGGAUUCAUCGUUCCCGAGUCCCUCAGCGUGAAGCGUCAGCUCCGCGCCCGCCAAAAGCACAACCAAGAAAAGGAGGCCAAGGCCAAGGCCGGAACCUGGUCCACAAUCAAGGCGGCCAACCCUCUGGCUCCCCUCAAGACCCUGUGGCCCACGGGACCCGGCACCUCCUCGAGACUGCGUCUCAAUAUCGCCGCGCUCUCGUUCACCGACAUGAUCCUCCUGGGCUCCGCCAUGAGCGCCGGCACCGUCAUCCUUCUUUACUCCGAGUCCCCUGAGACGUGGGGCUGGGGCACCCUAGAGAGCUCCCGCUACAUCUCCGCCGUUUCCAUGGUCCGCGUCGUCGCGCUGCUCGUCGUCCUGCCUCUUGUCAACUACGUCUUCCGCGUGCGGCCCGCAGCCUACCGGAGGAGGGUCUCGGGUGUCUCCAUCGUCGAGGGGAACAACGGCGCCGACAGCGUCGACUGCUGGAUUCUCCGCUUCGCCCUGCUCUCGGACGUCACAGGCUCCCUUGGAUACCUGUUUGCGAGAAACGAGGCCGUGUUCGUGCUCUCUGGCAUGGUCACUGCUUUUGGCGGUCUCGGCAGUGCGACCAUCCAAGCCGCCAUCACCAAGCAUGUGCCCGCGGAUCAGGUUGGUCAGCUGCUCGGCGCCAUUGGCGUCCUACAUGCUCUCUCGAGGGUGUUGGGUCCGAUCGCCUUCAACACGCUUUACUACUCCACUGUCGGCGUCUUUGACCAGGCCAUCUUCGUCCUCCUUGCAUCCCUGUUUGGCCUAGCUUUGUUGGCCAGCUUCAUUGUGCGGCCCGGUGGUAAGUCAUUUAACACUGCUUGCGAUGUACCAGACACCCCCUUUAUUAACCGGAAACACAGUGUUCCUCGAGGAGACUUACGAGCCCGUCCCUUCAUCGGCGCACCAGCCGAGCUCCAACGCCAACUCAGAGGCCCUGGAAGUAUUGACGGAGGAUGAGCUGAUACCCAAUAACUAAACUCUGGGUUUUGGCUAUGAGAUUUGGCGAGUUGUACGUUCUACGUAGUGUCUGUGUAAUUUCACAAGAAUAGCGAGAGGAGGAUUGAGAUACCUAGAACAUAGACGUCAGCGCCAUUGAGCGCUCGAGAGUUGUGGUUCUUUUGAUUUAGAGCAUCGGCGAUUUUGCCGCACCGGAUACAAGAGUAUCCCUCGAUACC